UUGUGAUGAAAAAGAUCCUUCCUGCCUAUCAAACCUUCAGCCUCCCACACCUGCUGAAUUCAUUUUACCCUCCAUUGCUCGGUCUUGGCGAAGGCUUCUCAAGAUACAAUUAACCUGUAGAUUCACAAGAUGUUCAAGGGCAAGCUGAUCUGAGGCAAAGAAGCCAGGAAGACCAGGGCGAGCUCCCCACCCACCAGCAAGGAUAUAUAUAAAAGCUCAGGAGCCAGAAGUGACAUUCACAUCCAGGAGCCAACUUCAGCCAGCCACCCUCUGCUCUGUCUACACCAUGUCCUACAACUGCUCCACAAGGAACUACUCUUCCAGGUCAGGAGGACGCUGCACUGUCCCAGUGACCACCGUGGCCACCACGUCUACUCAGGAUGCCGAGGGCCUGAGUGGCAUCUAUCUGCCCAGUUCCUUCCAGACGGGCUCCUGGCUCCUGGAACACUGUGAGGAGACCAGCUGUGAGCCCAGCGCUUGCCAGCCAACGUGUUACUCGCCAACUGCUUGCGCCCCCAGCCCUGGCCAGGUGACCUACACUAGACAAACCACCUGUGUCUCCAAUCCUUGCUCAACUUCCUACAGCCGGCCAAUCACCUUCGUCUCUAGUGGUUGUCAGUCCCCGGGUGGCAUCUCUAAUCAGUGCCAACCAAUGGGAGGCAUCUCUACUGUCUGCCGGCCAGUGGGGGGAGUCUCCUCUGGCUGUCAAUCACUGGGAGGAGUCUCCUCUGGCUGUCAGUCAAUGGGCGGAGUGUCCUCUGUGUGCCGACCUGUGAUCUCCUCUGGCUGUCAACCAACCUGCGGGGUCUCCAGGAUGUACCAGCGAUCCAGCAUGUCGAGCUGCCGAAGAACUUGCUGAGUGUGUGGGAGCCAGUGAGGGAAUCAAGACUCCAUGACCUGCCAGCUGUAUUUCCAGGAUCUUCCAGCAAGUUGCCUGCCCCCCAAAAAGCUCUUCAUCGCUGACCGCUGUUCAACUGCCUGAUGGCUGGCUGCUAGCCCUGCACAGGCUGCCUCGGGCCAUCUUUAAGAUGCUUCUGGCCGGCACCAAGCUGAUUUUAAGGACUGACCACUGGUGGCGCACACGCCUCUGUAUGUUUCCAGUCAAUUUACCGCCUGUGCCCCAGUU